GAACGGCGCGACUUGGUGGGGGCUGGUGUUGGCGCGGCUUUCGGAGCGGGCCGGCGGGACUCGGUGGGCGCCAUGCGGAGCCGAUCGGAGGUGGAUGCUACGCUGCAGACGGCCAAACUGAACCCGACAGAACUCCUGCCGGUCGUGCAGUGCCUCAGCUUCGGCCCGCAGGCCGGUGCCGGCGAGUGCUGCCUGCUGCAGCUGGAGCCGGGCCUCUGUGACGAGCUAGAGGCGGGAAGCAGCCUAGUAAUCCGUGGUGAAAAGGAUGAACAAGCAGUGUUGUGUAGCAAAGAUAAAACUUACGAGAUGAAAAUAGCAGAUACCUCAAAUAUGCUGCUGUUUAUUCCUGGUUGCAAAACUCCAGAAGAGCUGAAUGCAGAUCAAUCUUCUUGCAGUGUUAUUCAUUCACAGAUUGCUGGCUUCUCCAAUAACUAUUGGGAAUUAAGGAGAUGUCGACCGAAACUGAAGAAACUGAGGAAGCUUUUAAUGGAAAACCCAUACGAAGGGCCAGAUAGUCACAAAGAUGACACUUUGACAUUUUCAAAGUAUACAACAGAAGACUUGUUUAGUCUGAUUCAAGCAAGUGAAGGUGAAAUACUGCACCAAUUGCAGGUUCUAGAUGCCUGCAAAAUCGAAGGAUAUUGGAGAAUUCUAGAAUUUGACUAUCAGAUGAAACUCUUGAAUCACGUGACUCAGCUGAUAGACUCAGAGUCCUGGUCUUUAAGUAAGGUUCCUUUAUGUACCUGCCUUGAGGAACUUGGAUCUUUAGAGCCCAUAGAGAUGAUAGAACAUAUUCUUUUAAGCUAUGGAAGGAAGUACACUGAUGAGGCAGGGGAGGUUUACUUUGAAAUGCGUGAAGAUAAAAUAUGCAGAGCUAUAGCACAAAUGCUUUUGCAAAAUGCAGUUAAAUUCAAUCUAUCAGAGUUUCAAGAAGUCUGGCAACAAAGUGUCCCUGAAGGGAUGACAACAAGGCUUGAUCAGCUUACGGGCUUGGCCCUUGUGGAUAAAACCUCAAGACCAGAGACUAUCUUUCUGCUAAAAGUAGAAGAUUUACCUGAAGACAAUCAGGAAAGAUUCAACAGCUUGUUCAGCAUACGGGAAAAGUGGACAGAAGUGGAUAUUACCCCUUAUAUACAAGACUUAUGUGCUGAGAAGCAGACAGUUGGUGCUCUUCUGACAAAAUACGCUCGCUCCUCGAUGCAGAAUGGUGUUAAAGUUUAUAAUUCCAGAAGACCCAUCUCUUAACAAGUAUUGUUUUACGAACUGAGAGCAACAGUUAGACUUGCUUGUCAUUUCCUUCUGAGGAAAGGAGUUGUCAACUGGUAUUAUACAGUGUUCUUGAGUUUAAGCAGUUGGGCUUCCUGAAUGAGUUCUGCUUUCUGCUCAGCUAAGUAGAAUGUGAAGACGCUUCCCUCUUCUAAGGAACUUUAGCGUCAGCAGCCCAUGCCCACCUUUCAUUGCCCACCUUCUUUUUCUGGUGUGUCUCUAUGCCAGGAGUCUAGCUGCUUCCUGAAUAUAAUUCAGCUGUCUAUCCAUAAACUGAAAUCUGACAUUAACAGUGAAAACCUUCUUCAUAUUAAUUGAAAUUGAUUUCAACAGCGAAAUGGAAUGCUUAGUCUCUUGCCUAUUAGUGAGCAUUCAUAAAAAUUACAAUUUCGUUGCAGUUUUCAUGUUUUGGAUACUGCAGACCUUGACAAGCUCAUCAACAAAUGAUUCCUGGCUUGAGGCUACGCUAGUCUGAAUUUUGGCAAGUGGUUCUUUUUGUAGUUAUGUCUCUGAAUAAACUUGGCACAAGAUUGUGACACUUGAACAGAGUUUACCUUUUAAAGAUGACAAAACCUCCUAUAAACUACCUAUAAGCUACUACAAUGUAGCUGAGGUAAAAAUGUUUUACAGAAGACAAACUUUAUUUUUUAAAGGAGCUUAUGAAAUUGGAAUACAACACAAGUGAUUUUAAAAAACUUUGUUAUAGCAAAUACAGAGAAAUUGUCUUGAAGUUGGUGGAAUAUUAUUGUGUUGAGCAGUGAUUUUUGUUAUGAUACCAUCAUCAAGUGGAGUGCCUGAAAUUGAAGUUUUGUCAUCAAUAAAAAGGGUAGUUAGCAUGUCAGUGAAACAGUGUAAUAUUAGACAUUUUUCAGAGUGUUUUUUUUUAAACUUAAUAGUUGUAGGUUUUUCAUACAGAAGUCAUUUGUUGCAUCAAACUCGGAUGCAAGGUGUGAAAAACUUUGGACCCACUAUAUGUCCAAUGCAGGGUGAGGAAAGAAACUAUAAAUCAAAUGUAACUCUUGUGGCUGAUAUCUGCAUCCAUGAAAUUUU